UGGAGGGCAAAACGGCGUCGUGUGGAUGAAGAUGUCUUUUCUCUCCUGUGUCUCCGUUCUGGAGGAAUUUUUAGGGAGGGUCUUAGCGGAGCUCUCAAACUUUUUUGUGUGCUCCUUCGCCUCUCCUUCCUUAACCUAGACGCUUCGUUUCGACGAAGCACAAAAAUCACUACUUCCUGGUUCAAGAUCUCUGAAUUUCACGCUUCAAAUUUUUGAAUUUCAAGGUCAGAUUUCUUUACCCACGUCUUCUUUUUCCCCUCUAGGGUUCUAUCGUCACCUCACUCGAUUUCUCUGGUUAUUGCUUCACUUGGGGUUUAUUUUGGUCCAAAUCUUCUAGAUCUACGGGGAUUCAUUUGAGGUCCUUAUUCCCUCGUCAGGUUUUGAGGGGCGAAGGUUUUUCACGAAUCUUCGCGUAGGGUUCUUCCGUUUUUUUUUUUUUUUCUCGUUUUGUUUUCUUCUGGGUUCGUUCUGUUGCUUGAGUUAGCGUUGAAGAGAUGUCGAUUUUACCGAAAGGUGAGUCGAUUCAUAUCCGUGAGGUUUGGGACCAUAAUUUGGAGGAGGAGUUUGCUCUAUUACGUGAAAUCGUCGACCAAUUUAACUACAUAGCGAUGGACACCGAGUUCCCCGGCGUGGUGCUUCGCCCUGUGGGUGCGUUUAAGAAUAUCAAUGAAUAUAACUAUCAAACUCUCAAGGACAACGUCGACAUGUUGAAGUUGAUUCAAUUGGGUCUUACGUUUUCUGAUGAGAAUGGUAAUCUUCCAACGUGUGGAACGGAUAAGUUUUGCAUAUGGCAGUUCAAUUUCCGCGAAUUCAACAUCAGUGAAGAUAUUUUUGCGAGUGAUUCUAUUGAGCUUCUGCGCCAGUGUGGUAUUGAUUUUAAGAAGAACAAUGAAGAGGGUAUCGAUGUCAAUCGAUUUGCUGAGCUUCUAAUGUCUUCUGGGAUUGUGUUGAACGAUACCGUUAACUGGGUGACGUUCCAUAGUGGGUAUGAUUUCGGUUACUUGCUGAAAUUGCUGACUUGUCGAAGCUUACCAGACACACAGGCAGGAUUUUUUGAUUUGAUCAAUAUGUAUUUCCCAAUGGUUUAUGAUAUCAAGCAUUUGAUGAAGUUUUGCAAUAGUUUUCAUGGUGGGCUGAACAAGCUUGCAGAGUUAUUAGAAGUGGAGAGGAUUGGAGUUUGCCAUCAAGCAGGAUCAGAUAGCCUUCUUACUGCCUGUACUUUCAGAAAGUUAAGGGAUACAUUUUUCAAUGGAUCGACACAGAAAUACGCAGGUGUUUUAUAUGGUCUUGGUGUUGAGAAUGGACAGAGUAUCAAUUGAGAGACUUACCAAGUAUUUGUAGUGCUGUGGAAUUUGGCUAAAACAUUGAUGGUUGUAAUUGUUUUUCUUGUAAAUUAUGGCAGUUAGUAUUUCAAUAAAAUCUUAAGGACGUUCUUUGAAUUAGUUAACUUGUUUUGUUAGCUCUUAAUAUUCCUUUCUAUUCAUUGAAAAUGUUACACACAAAAGAUACAUGGAUGGAUACAUUGGUGGCAAUAGAGAACAUAUUUCCUUAAAA